CUAAAUUUUUGGUGUACCUCAUUUUUUAUUUACAUAUGCGCAAAAUUAAUAGUUCACAAUGCUCAAGAAAUUUGUUGAAGUCAAUGCGGACGCGAGUCCCUCACAGAAUCCCUAUGCGGUGCGCACCUACAUGGGCGAUGACGUCACCACCGAGUGGAAGGUGGAGAAUUGUCCUCCUCGCAAUCGUGUGUGCCUCAAAAAGCCGCCCAACUCCACAAUUACACAUGUGUUGACCAUCGAGGAUGAGCUGCGCCGACUGCACCAGAAAGCAGAGGAAUCCCGCUUCGCCCAUCCCUACAAGAAACGCUGCGAUCUCUACGAUGAGUUCACCAUGUGCAUAAUCCCGCAAAGAACGCCGGCCGAGCUGAAGCUGAACGCCGAGAUGCGGGAACGCCUCAUUAUGUCCCAAACAGAUGCUGGCCUUGUGGAGCACGAUGCACGUCUCGAUAAAACGUGCCCCAAAGAUCUCAUCGCGCUCGACAAUCCCAUGGAAGCCGACGAAGAGGAAGAGGAGGCUGCCGAUGAAGAUGAAGGCAACGACGAGGAGGAGUCCGAAGUGAAGCCACAGCCGGCGACACCCGAAUGCAGCUCCGAUAUGAUCAUAAUUCCCGACAAGCGCAUGCUUGAAUUGAAACGCCCAAAGAGUCGCAUUUAUUUGAAUGAAACCGAGGUUGGACCUCUGGAAGAGUUGCCAUUUCCAUCGUAUAAUCCACGUGUCAUUCAAGAGGGUUUAGAGGGUGAAAAUUUGCGAACCUACGAUAUUAUCGAGGGUUGCAAUCCACAAGAUUUGUGGACCUGGAAUGUAGGCUUGCAGAGACGUGAAAUUGACUUGGAUGAAGAAUUUAUAACAGCUGCUCUACCCAAAUACGCUCACGACGCCGGACUUACCGUCUAUAAUAUACCCACGCAACUAGAGAAAACAUUUACAGUCGAAAUUGUCUUCGGCAAUCGAAACAUUUAUCCCGAACCGAAAGUGGAACCAUUUCGCGAAAGAUAUUAUUAUCGACCCAGCGAAAUUGCUGCAAUUAUCAUAGCCUUUGUGGAGACAUAUGAAGUGAAUCCAGAUUUCUGGACAGCUGGCACCAUGGAUGGCAUACUGAAACGCGGUGUGUCCCUAACAAAGAAGAGCAUAAAGCUUAAUUAUAAGUCAAAGGACAAUGACUUUGACAUAUUACCGCAGGUAAUGGAACGUAAGGCAGCUGUAAAAAUAAAAAUUCACUUUACGGGUCAAUUCAAGAGGGAGCCCAAUGUCUAUAAGGCACUUUCUCUGUUCUUUUCACAAUAUAAUGCCUGCAUUUUCACCUCACGCGAUAUGUUUCUGUUGAUCUGGAAACGUUGCGUGGACUCAUUCUUUAUCUUCGAUCCCAAUGGACGCAAUGAACAGUGCCAGCGGGACUUCCCGGAUGGCAUGUGCUCGCUGAUGGCGACACGUUACAUGGAGCAUCUGGUGCACUUAAUAACCAAGUUCAGUGAUCUCACCGAGAACGAUGAGUUUAACAUUUAUGAAAUAUCACUCACACAGUAUGGCAAGCUGAAGGAGCCGCAAAUACGCAAGGACACACUUUAUCACUAUCACAAAUUGUGGGCUGUGGUCAAUGAGAAUUUUGCGGUGAAGACCGCUGGAAAUAGUGGCAUACAACAGCCCAUUUCUGGCAACGAGAAGAAUGCAUCGCUGGUUGUCUCGCUCAUUGCGCUCAUCUAUUCGGAAUUCGAGCUGGCGAAGCUCUGGCGACCCAUGACCAUCGAUGAUAUCAUUCGAUAUGGAAUUGCGUAUUACAAAACGCUGCGUAAGAAAUUUCGGUUGGAUGGCAAGCGCUGGAAGAAGAAGAAGCCGGAAUUAAAUAUCGUCGAUUUGCCAGAGAUGUUUCUGAUGGGCGCCUUUAAGGCAACGGUGCGCAAGUAUCCCUUCAUGAUCACUGGCCACGUGACCGACUGUAAAUCCUAUCUGGAAUCGCAGUUAACCCACGCGCUCCAGCAUCUGUUCGAGAAGCCCGAGUGGCCUGCUGCCUUGCUCCAGAUUGACAACUCUGUACUGGCCGUUUGGCGGGAUCGUGAAUUCUUUUAUGCAUUCGAUCCGUUUCGUCGUAACCGCAUCGGUAUGGUUGUCGAUCCCGAUGAUUAUAGCAUCAGGGGAAUGGCCGUAUUGCAAAUGCACACCACAUUCGAUUCGUUUGUGCGCAUCUUGUACCAGAAUGCACUGAAGAUGCGUCGCGGUGGCAAGUUCUUUAUCCAUGGCAUUAGAACGGGCUGCAUUCGACCGUUACAGGUGAUGUCGGAGCAGCCGAAUAAGUUCCCAGCACUGCAAAUGGGUUUGCCCACAUAUGACGAUGAGCCGCCUGAAAAGGAGCUGGCGCAGAAGAAGAGCAUCGAAAGCAUUCCGGAGGAGGAACGGAUACCCGCAAAGGACGAGCAUGAGUUUAUUGAGGAACUGAUUCUUGACAUUAUUAAUGGUAUUAUUAAGGAACUGCCUGAUCCGAGACUUGCUCGCCCCGAGUUGUACCGGCCAGGACAGAAGAUACUGCUGGCAACGGACAAGGAAAAUCUGCGUGCCUUGCGCCUCAAGAUUAAGCGGGGCUACGAACUGGGCGAAGAGGAGGAACCCGAUCUGAAACGUGUGCUAACCAUUGAGGAGGAGCUGGAGCUCAAGUCAAAUUACCAGACGCUGCACGAUGGUGCUUACAUCAUUAUGGGAACUACAAAGCUGCCACAAUUGGAUGCUGAAAUGACGAAGCUGGGCGGCAUUUUAGCUGCUCUGGUGGCCAUCGCUGCAUCCGCCAAAUUUAAGGUAUCCACGUGGAACGCCGACGUCAUCGAGUUCUGCAUCUACUCAGUUAACAAAUUCGGCGAAGAGUAUCAGAAUUACGAGCUAAUCCUCGCCUGUCUGCUGAACAAGAAGCUGCCAGAUAUUUCCGUUGGCAACAGCAAUUUCUCGCUAGUUGUGCCCGAGGUAUACAAGUCCUCAGUGCAAUCGUCGCUGAGGCAGGACCUGCUUGAGCUGCUCAUCAAUAACAAUCGCGUGAUGGUCGUUUGUCAGCAUUUCUCCUGUGUGAUAUUCAAGCGCUACAAUUUGCUUUACAUGUUCAUUGGAUUUCCCUGCAAUGCCAUCGGCUAUCGCAAGGGGGGAUCGGGACCCGCCUGCAUGAUGCGCUUCAUCGAGCUUGACUCGCUGAUACGACGGAUUGAGUUUGGCUGCAAUCCGCAGGGCUGUUCGGUGAUGAAUUACAUUGUGGCCGCUAUUAAGAUUGUGGACAAUAAUAUCGAAGGUCGCUUCCGACGCUGGCCAAAGACGGAUGAGGAUAACGAGUACAAUGCUGAGAAGGCACGCAAAGAGAGGUUGCGCAAGCAGCGACUGGAGAAGUUGCGCUACAUCGACGAGGAGCUGAAGAAAGAGAACAAACGCACUCAAGACUUUCUGGCGGCCAAGCAGAAGCAUGAGGAUAGUAAAAUUUGCAAACCCGAGUAUAGGGAUCUGGGAUUGGACGAGGGGAUGGGCGAGGAGGGUGAGUUCUUCUGGGGAAUGGAGGAGGAAGAGGAGGGCGAAGAGGAAAUCGAGCUGAAGCACAAGCCCGGCAAACGUCUGCCCAAAGAGAUACGCAAGGCAUACAAGCCACGCCCCAUCCUCUAUGGGUAUCGCAUGCGCGAGAAGGAUUGCAACUUUAAGAUUCAGGGCAGCAUGAAUCUAGAGAAUCGUGCCGAUGGCAGCUUCAAGGAAAUCAAACCCUGCUACUUCGCCUGCGCUUUGGCCAUCCUGAGCGUCUCGCUGCGUCCGCUGAAUCGCUGGAAUUCGUAUCGCAUCGAUCGAGUAAUCAUUCAUGCCAAAUCGAUUGCGGCGCGUGUCUGUGAUCUGGAGUCGGUGUUUGAGCGCGUUGUACGCCAUGUCACGAUCGAUGAGUACGAAUUUGACAUCUGGAUACGCAUUCUGGAGCCGAUAGGUAUGUGGACGCCGGCACCAAAACCGACAACUCCACUUUCCACAGAAGCAGCUCUUGUUAUCUUUAAGAAGAAGCUGGAGAAACUGCUGAAUACUCGCAAAUAUCUGAUGAUAUUUACGCCCAACGGUUGCUUUGCCUUGUACCACGAUGAGUUCUAUCAUUUAUUUGAUCCAUAUGCCAGCAUGGAUAAGCCCGGCGAGGAGGAGGAAGAGGCGGAUGAUGAUGCUAAUGGUGCUGGUGGUGGUGACGAGGAGGGCGAUGGCAAGAAAAAGAAAAAGAAGUGUCCGAAGGGACCCAAACGUUAUCCGGAACGCAACACAGCCUCCUGGGUGCUGUUCGCCGAUGUGGACAACAUGCUCAAGUAUAUGGACAAACGCUGUGCCCAGCCAGACUGGAAGGAGCAGAAUCAGUUUAUGUUCUACGUCGUCGAUGUGCUCUCCUAUAAGAAGGCAGCACCCAAUGCACGCAUCCUGCAGCUUUUGACUGAUCUGUCCAUACCGAUGACGUGCUCGAGUCGACAGUAUGGACGUCCUGAGUAUGAGAUUUGUGCCACGAAUGAAUCUCUUGGCUGGCUAGAGCUGGAGAACUGUCUGCCUGUGUGGAGCCGUAUGAAUCGACGUAACACAGCUGGUAAAUAUCGAAAUUUGCCCUUGAGCAAGCUAAAGAAAUAUGACAUUGAGAUUGAUGGACGUCUCUGGUCGCUUUGGGGUAAUCUUCAUCCUGAGGCACCUGUCUUUGAGGACGGGGUGCGUGGACGUCAAUAUCUUGCUAUCUAUGUGAUUGCAUGCUGUGCGGCAAGCGUCUAUAACCUGAUGGACUGGAGCGCUCAACUGCUGGACACGAUUGUUGUCAGUGGCACCAAAUACUUCAAAGAGAGCGUCAGUCAAAUAACUAAAGAGGACUACGAGUUCUCCGUGGAGAAUCUAAACAUUGACUGCGCGCUGGAGACCAUAAACUUUGUGGUGCACAUCGAGCAUGUUUGUUUUGGCAAACUGUAUCGCGUUCCUACCUUCAAUCGCAUGAAUCUCUCCGAGGCGCUGAUCUACUUCUUCAGUCAUUAUCAAUUCGGCAUUGUGAUGGUGAGGAAGCGGGCGUUGGCAAUUGGUUUCUGUCCGGGUCACGACGGUGGUUACUUUAUGUACGAUUGCCAGGAGAAGGAUCAACCACUGUUCCCGAAACAACAGGGCGCCUCAUAUCUACUACGCACACGGCAUCUCCAAGUGCUGCUCUACUGCAUUGUGGUCACCCUAAAUGUACCCUUCUACAACAUUGACUUUAGCAUCCACAAGGUGGAAAUGUUGCGUGAGGGCGCCACUGUUGAGAACGAGGAGGAGGAGGGUGAUGCGGGCGACGAAGAUCAGGAUAAAUAAGUUGCGAUGAUCUUCGAGUAUUCUAUGUGAGAGGCUGUGUUUGAUAUUUAGUUAAUAGCGAUUUUUUAUAAAAUGGUUUUGUAAUAAGUAAUAAAUGCAAGGACUAAUCCCUUUGAAAUCUUUUAUA